UACUCUGCUAGAUCCGAUGAACGAGAUGAAUGGAUGCAGACAGGACUUCGUACCACAGGGUUGUGAUGGAAGUAAGCCUGAAACUGACCAAUUCGCUUUGCAAGAAAUGCCCAAUACAGAAUGGGUGUGGUCUGAUUACGAGCAUGGCGCGCCACAAAGCGAGGACUGGUGCAGACAGGCUUGCUUGGCUGAUUCUUUUUGCGCAAGUCGCUAUUUUCCAAGACGGAGGACAUUGCUGGAGAAAGAAGAUCCCUCUUUCAAAUGGUAGGAUGGAUCCUAGUGUUGUUGGAAAAGCUCUGAUCAAGGUCAGGAUAGAUAACUCCGCUUCAAAAUGUAUGGGAGACGGCCAGAAGAAGAAGAAGAAGAAGAAGAAGAAGAAGAAGAGGAAUUCGACUCUGAUGAUCAUCGGAUUAGUGCUGUUGAGUAGCUCCAUCUUUGUGAACUUGAUUUUACUCAUCAUCACCUAUUUAAAUCCUAGAAGCCUCCGAGCUAGGGAUUCGAACUUGUCGCAACCAGUCCAGAUCAAUCAAGCCGCAGGCAAGCAGACUUUCACUUAUCAGGAGCUUCAAGAAGCGACAGACGGAUUCAAAGAAGAACUGGGUAGGGGUUCCUAUGGAGCAGUGUACAAAGGCGUUCUCGGAUCGGAAGAUACAAACUUUGUGGCAGUAAAACUGUUGGCGACAAGGACCGGAGAAAGCGAAAAGGAGUUCGAAACAGAAGUGAGUGCAAUUGGCCAAACUAACCACAAGAACUUAUUACAGUUGCUAGGAUUCUGCAAUGAGGGUCAACACCGAUUACUAGUGUAUGAAUUCAUGAGCAACGGCACUUUGGCGGAUUUUCAUUUUGGCGCUUUAAGGCCCAGCUGGUACAAAAGGAUAGAAAUUGCCAGUGGUGUUGCGCGGGGGCUCUCUUACUUGCAUGAUGAUUGCACCAGGCAUAUUAUCCACUGCGACAUCAAGCCGCAAAACAUUCUUCUCGAUGGCUCUCUCGCUGCAAAAAUAUCGGACUUCGGCUUAGCUAAGCUCUUGAUGGCAAACCAAACAAGAACAACCACUGGAAUCAGAGGAACCAGAGGUUAUUUAGCACCAGAAUGGUUAAAUAUCCCUAUUUCUAGCAAAGUAGAUGUUUACAGCUUUGGCAAAUUGUUGGUAGAGCUCGUCUGCUGCAGAAAGAACUAUAAGCCAGAAGCGAAAAGUGAAGCUCAAAUUAUACUGGUCGGCUGGGUUUACGACUGCUGCCCCGACGGGAAUGUACCUGUGCUGGUGGAGAGCGACAAGGAGGCAUCAAGUGACAUAAAGAGGUUGAUAAGAUUUGUGAUGACAGCAUUGUGGUGCAUCCAGGAAGACCAGGCUUUGAGGCCGACCAUGAAGAAAGUCACUCAGAUGUUGGGAGGAACUGUUGAAGUCCCAGUCCCUCCAGAUCCAAGCUCUUUUAUCAGUUCAAUAUGAUAUUGCUUAUCCAGACCACUGGUGUCUGUAAUCAGUUAUUGUAUUUGCAUGGUCUGUAAGUGCUACUACGCUAGACUAAACUUUCCCAGAGUAUCUUGAAAUUGAUCCAGCUUAAAUAAGCUAAAUCGUCCUGAAGUUUAACACUCCCUUGCAUGGAUCAAAGAGAGAGAGUUUGACGAUCGUCGGCAAAAGAGACUGCAGGCGAACCAGCAUGAAGUUAUGAAAAGAGAUUUAAAUUGCUGAGUGAUCAAGUAACCCCAUCGACUGCUGCAGUAUCGGUCAUUGAAAA